AUCAGAGCGCACUGGGUGACCAACGAGGGAGGGGCUUUGUGUUAGAUGCUGCAUGUAGGCGGCUGCUGGGUGUACUGAAGCACCGGACAAAAAGACAAGCUCUCACUGACACCGCUGUGCUCUGAGCAGCAAGCAAUUUCUGCAUUUUCGGAGAUACAUCUAAGGCUGCACUACGAUAGAAUGCAAACUGGAUGAGAUGGCAUGCGUUGGCGCGACGCUGAACUAUGACUGCCGCACCUGCAAGAGGUCUAAAUUUAUACAGGUGUGUUACCUGUAGCUCCCAACGACAGGAGGUCGGUUUUGCGGUGUCACUUUUGGACUCUCGGCGGAACAGUUUACACGUCGGUUUCUCUCACUCAGCGACUUGCUGAUGUGUUAAGCAAAUGGAAAGCAAUGGUGACGAGGACAGCCGCGCGUGCAUCUCCGUAUCCGCACCUCACCGGGGAUUGCAACGGUGUCUUAUUUUGAACCCGCUGUCAACCUGAGAAGGAAGGUGUAUUCAGCUCAAUUCAAGGGGGACCGGGGAGAGCUUUCAAGCCGCUUCCUGGUCUAUCAGAAAAGCUUAUAAUUUUCAAGCAUAAAAAUAGUUACAGUAUAUUUCGGCUGGGGUUUCUUCAUGAAGAAUUGACGCAGAGUGGCUACAGUAACGGAGUAUAACGGAGAGGCUCCUGUAUACAGCCGAAUUAAGCACGAUGGCUGUGGUCCGACUGGAAACAGAGGACCACCAGGAGAACGGCUUUGUGUCAUCCGAACCGGCUUUUCCGAGGCAGCUAUCGCAGAUCGACGGCUCGGUGUUGCCAUUUCUCGGAGGAUUCGGGAGGUACCAGAAGCAGUUCAUUUUGCUGACGUGGAUCCCGGCUUUAUUUAUUGGAUUUAGCCAGUUCUCUGAUUAUUUUCUACUAGGUCAGCCAAAUAACACAUGCGUGCACCCGCCCGUCACCCAUGGGAAUUGGACAGGAAGUUCCUUGUCGUUAAACGCUACAAAUGGAAGCGCACCUGUGCCGUAUUUUUACAGCGAUGACACUCAGGGUGAAACCAAUGAUACCCUUUGCACGUGCAAGGAAUGGAAUUUCGAGCUGCAGACGGGACUGAAAGAAAAUGUGGUUACCAAGUGGCACUUGGUAUGCGAUUCCUCGUGGAAAGUUCACAUAGCAAAAUUCUCCCUCCUGGUGGGGUCCAUUUUUGGAUACUUGGUGAUGGGGGUUCUGGCCGACUGGUUUGGACGCCACCCCGUGCUCAUCGUCUCGGUGCUGUUCAUGCUGGUGUUCGGGCUGUCCGUGGCCUUCUCCGUCAACGCCCCCAUGUUCAGCACCCUGCGCUUCUUCGAGGGGUUCUGCCUGUCUGGGAUCACGCUUUCCCUGUAUGUACUGAGGAUCGAGCUGUGCCUGCCAGGUUGGCGGUUCUCCAUGACGAUGGUGGCGAACUUUGUGGUGAUGGGCGGGCAGCUCCUGAUGCCCGGGCUGGCGUCGCUGUGCAGAGACUGGCAGGUGCUGCAGGUCGUCAUCAUCUGCCCCUUCAUCCUCAUGCUGUCCUACGUCUGGGUUUUUCCGGAAUCCCUACGUUGGCUUCUGUCCACUCAGCACUACGGCAGGUCCAAGGGGCUCAUGCACCAAAUCGCCCGAAAGAACGGUGUGGACGUCGAGCUGGACCCCAGCGGAAUCCUGUCAGAGCUGGAGAGGGAGCUGGAGAAGCGCCCGGAGAAGGCCUGCAUCGUGACCAUCGUGAGGACGCGGAACCUGUGGAAGAACAUCGUGGUCCUGUGCGUGAACUCACUGGCAGGGUACGGUAUCCACCACUGUUUUGCGCGCAGCAUGAUGGACCCGGAGUCCAAAGACACCACCAUGUUCCACAGCUUCUACGCCGACUACUACACCAUGGUGGGCGUCGCCGUGGCGUCCUGCCUGGCCCUGUGCCCGGCCGUGGGGUACAUGGGGCGCCGGGGGGGGCUGCUCCUGUUCAUGAUCAUCACCGCCCUGGCAUCCCUGCUGCAGCUGGGCCUGCUCAACCUAAUUGGGAAGUACAGCCUGCGUCACGACACAGUGCUGAGGGACUCACUGAAUAAGAAGUUCUCGGUGGCGUUCUCCAUCAUCGGGAUGUUCUCCUCCCACGCAGUCAGCAACCUCAGCAUCUUCUUCUGCGCAGAGAUCACGCCCACCGUCAUCAGGGGCGGGGGUCUGGGCCUGGUGCUGGCCAGCGCGGGUUUCGGGAUGCUGACGGCGCCCAUCAUGGAGCUGCACAACCAGAAGGGCUACUUCCUGCACCACGUGAUCUUCGCCUGCUGCACGCUCAUCUGCAUCAUCUGCAUCCUGCUGCUGCCGGAGACGCGCUUCCAGCCGCUGCCCGAGACCGUCGGCGACGGCGAGACCUUCACCCGCCAGCCGCUGCUGCCGCCCAGGAAGCCGGGCGAGCAGCACCUGCUGCUCACCAAGCCCGAGACGCGGGACUACUCGCGCGUGCAGGACACGCCCGUGCACCAGGCCGCCGCCAUCGUCGCCACCGCCGCCGCCGCCGCCUCCGCCUCCGCCUCCGCCGCCCAGGCCUCGGAGAACAGCACCGCCAACGGCGUCCGGGCGUCCUGAUCGCGGGCCCCCCCCCGCGGGCC